AUGAGUAACAAUAGGAUACCGCUGCAUCGUCACCGACGAAGAUCCGAUCAGAUCUCACCCACCUCUCCUUCCUUCGCAAGACGAUUCCAAGACCGAGACCGACCGAACAGGCACAGCGAUGUCCUUAGCCCUGGUGAAGGCGCUUCUGCCACCGAUGAUUCAGACAGCCCGACCAUCAACCUCCACCUCGCCUCGGCUUAUUCCGAUGGCUAUCAUUCCCAGUCCGUUGGCUCUCCCGGUGCACGGCCGCCUGUGAUCGAGCAGCAGUCCUAUCCAAGAGCAUUGGAAGAUGGUGGAAGGCCGAGAUACCGACUCUCCAGUGAUGAUACCCGUCCUGCCACAAGCGAUGUUGUUGAAGCAAAGCAUACCAUUUCCAACUCAAGGCUUGCUCCGAAUCCCCCAGAAGUCUCGUCCAGGCCCUCUCCCGUGACCUCCCAAUCUUCGUUUGGCGAUUAUCGAGAAGGACGUUCUUUUGAGCUUCUAGCAAAGCCCGCAGACAAUGCAUCAUCUCCGAACUUGCGAAACUAUAGCUUCUCCACCCAACUGUCUGAUCGCACUAGUGAUGAUCCAACCCACCUCAAGAACACCACUGGAAAGAAAAGCAGAUUGAAUCUCUUGAAUCCUAUGAGUUUGCUGGCACGUCGGCGUUCGUCUCAGAAUCAGAAGCUCGAGGACGUCAAUCUGACUAUCAAGACUCUCUCGGUUCCGGCCAUGCCUGACAACUUCGACCCUAGCAUUCGGGGUAAGGUGGUCCAUGAUUUCUCCGCGCCGCGAUCUCGAAGACAGUAUUCCCAGAACGACAUUGGCUUGAUCGAUUCACCAGCUCUACGCUCCGGGGCCGGCUCAGAUCCCGGUCGCCCAAACGACCUCCCCAGUGGCAGACUCGCCCCGUUGACUAGUACCCCAACUCACACCCAUAGUCCCAUGUUCAAAGAGCAUUUCCAAGAUGAUCGUCCAGCUUUGCAGCCUGAUCGGACUGGCUAUCUGCAUAAUAUAUCUGCCUUUAACAUUGCCCACGAAGUUCAAGAUCCAGCCAACGUUCCACCCUUCGCCAAAAAGCUGCCGAUGGCGCUGCCGCAGUCGGAUUUAGGUUUGAAAUACUCGCCCCAAGAUAAGGAGAAAUUCCCUUCCAUACCUCAAGCGGAACCAUCACCACCGCCUCCGACGCCUCCUCCCAAACGGACACCUUCACCAAAGUUCGACCCGCCACCUCCAGCAGCGCUUCCUAAACACAUGACAAGCACGUCUUCUCGUUUUAGCUUUCAAAUCGGCGGAUCGGGAUCAUCGGCGCAGGAGAAGUUGUUGGAAGAAAAGCACAAACAACACGCAGCACUUCAGAAAUCCACGGGCAAAGAUAUUGAAGAAGAGGACGAUGAGUAUGCCAAUUAUGAUUUCGAUGCAGACGAUGGACUGGAGGAGGAAAUCCCGAGCUUCAAUGCUGAUCUAUAUGGCGAAGAUGAUGGUUUUGACUCUGAUGUCGUCCUAAGUAAUGCCCUGGUGGCAAAAUAUGGCCCGGUGGAUGAUGAUGGUUUCGAGUCUGGCAUUCACCCAGGCGAUCCCCUUGCGCCCAAAUACACGCUGGAGGAUGACGGUUUUGGUUCCAAUCAUGCCACCAGCAACACCCUGGUCCCGAAGUAUGCGCCGGUUGAUGACAGCGGACCUGAUACUAACAUCUCUGACACUCGCUUUAAUGCACUUGCACCCAAGUAUCCACCCCCAAGCGCACCAUUGCCAGAGGUACCUGUAAUCAAGACUACGACCUUGCACCGACAGUCAUUGCAAGGCUUCCACUUCACACCGCAAUCUAUGACCUUCAGUCCCACCAGCCCCAAUAACGGCUCACAACCCACACCUCGAGAUCAUGAGGGAUUUGCCAUAGGAAUCGCAGAUUCGAGAGACUUUUCGCACAGCGUGCAUCCUAAUGACGAUCACAAGGAUGAAGAGCUUGAUAUUAACAAGCUCUCCAUGAUUGGAGGCCUGGGCAUUAGUGCGGGCGAGGUGGUUCGUGGGAGGCGGCGUUCGCAACAAGUCUCUCGGCCACAUGCGCAGGUGUUCGACGACGAUGACCUCUACUUUGACGAUGGCGAAUUUGGAGAUCUCGAUGUUCCCCCAACCGACACUGUGUUUGACGAGCAGAUCUUUGAUGAUGAUGGAACGGGCAAGAUCCGUGACAUCCCUGCAGAGAAUGCUCGCAGAUUCGAGGCUGUUAAAGCGAGCGGUGCGCUGGAUGGGCAGACUCGGCCCACGAAUCAAGAGAGUAAUUCCACACAAGGCUUUCCUGACGAGCAGAAGCGUUACCGGGGCGAUUCUGAAUCCGAAGGCUUUGCCAAGCCGCGCCAGGUGAGCCAAUCUAGCUUUGGGCACGGCUCGGUUGCAGGGCUUACGGAGACGAAUCUUGCGGCUUAUCAUGAUGCGCUUGCCUUUGCGGCGAAUCAAGCAGCGGCGAAUGGCCGAUUCGAUCGAAAAGUCAGCUUUAGCCAAACGUCCGAUGACACCUGUCCGUCCUACGGAAAUAGUCACCACGGGAUCAUCUCGGACGAUAGUCGUUUUGGGUUUAAUUACCAUUCGGCCAUUGCUGAGGACGAUGGGUUCCCCUUUGAGGAUGACCUUGAGGAUGACCCUAUGAUCGCAGAGGCCAAUGCAGAAGCGCUGGAGAACGACGAAGAUGGAUUCUACGGACAAGAAUUCGGGUUCUACGCACACUCGCAUGCAAAGGGCAAUUCUGAGCUCAUCAAUGGUGGAUACUUUGCAGAGCGAGGAUCCCACGGAGUCAAAAGAAGCCACAGCGGCAAAGCGAACUUUCAGGAGCCCAGUCUAACACCGAUCACGGAGCGCAGUGAAUGGAGCACACGGAACUCCGUGGUAUCCUUGCAGAUGCCAGGAGGGAUCCCAGUAUCAGCACAAUCUAUACCCAGUCCCGGGAUUGCUCAACUGCUUGAGCUUGACUCCCCGGGAUACGAUGAUGACAUGACUUUUACUGCGUUGAUGAGGUUACGGGGAAGAGCCUUCGGCGGCAGCUCAUCAAGUCUCAACAGUGCUGGAGGCUCACAUGCUGUGACUUCCCCUCUGGCGCAUGUAUCACAUCACGCGUUUUCGCACUCUGACUUCAAUUCAGCGAGAAUGUCGUCAACGAUGCAUGGCCAACACUCACCCGCUGCAGGUAUUCCGGAGUCUGAGGAGGAGGAAGAGGAAGCAGAUCGACCCACUUUGACGCAGAAUACCCCCCGGAAGAAGUCAACGGCGCCAAACUCGUACACUUCUCGAGAAGAGAUGCCGUCGUCGCCAGCUGCCACCAGUGACCGACGAAAAGGACACCACAGCCGGACCAGCAGUGGAGCGGACAGCGUUAGCUAUCAGCGAGAUAUUGAUGGAAGAUGGGUGCUUGAGAGGAGACGCACAGACGAGGAGGGGGGGGAUGAGCUCAUCGACCGUGAGUAUCUAGCAGGAGACAGGAUUUGA